CGAUAAAACGGCCUGAGCAACACGAGGUGAACCCAGAGGAACCUACGGUCUCAAAGGUUGUGAUCGUUGCACAAAUAGUUAGAAAAGUGCACGCUUUUUUGCAGGACGGUGCAGUCUUGAUUUCUCUCUCCUUGAUGUGGUCUGAUCCGCUGUCAUGAAACUAAAGCUGCUCUUCUUCUGCUUCUUCUUAGCAGCGAUCCUUAUUCCUGCUGAAUCAAAACCRAAAGAUAAAUCAAAGCACGAACAUCAAGAACACGGUAAACAUGGCGUACGUUUGACAGGAAAACUAAGGUUCGAGGACAUCAUUCGUGACGUUGUCUUCAAAGACAGAAGUGAUGAUGACGACGACGACGACGACGACAACCUCAUUAAUUUAGACUGGCUUUUUGAUCUUCAAGAUCUGGCAGGCCGAUGCACCCCUAAUCCUUGUCUUAACAACGGCGUGUGUAAAGAAAAAGGCCAUAAAAGUUUUAAAUGCGUCUGCCCCAAGCCUUUUCAGGGGAGAAAAUGUGAAAAAGGCCCAAGAAUCUGUAAGGGUGGCCUCUGUGGACACGGUGAAUGUGUCCUGACUUCAACUCGCCCCUUCUAUGAGUGCAAAUGCAAGAGGCCCUUCCAGCCUCCGGACUGCAAACGCUUUUCAGUGUGUGAUCCAAAUCCAUGUAAAAACGGAGGCCGGUGCAUCAGGGAUGGAAAUGAUUUCGACUGCGAGUGCCCUGCAGGGUUCAGAGGUCGCUUCUGUCGCGUAGGUCCAAAUGACUGUUAUGUGGAUGAUGGGGAGUCGUAUCGUGGAAAUGUAAGUGAGACAGACGAUGGCCAUGAAUGUCUCUACUGGAACUCUCACUUCAUAUUAGAAAAUGGAAUAAAUCCCUUCAACUCCUUCGAAGACAAAGARGGACUUGGUCCUCACAACUUCUGCAGAAAUCCAGACGGAGAACCAAAACCCUGGUGUUUCUUCAGAAAAGGCCGACGAUUGUUUUGGGAUUACUGUGACGUGACAAAGUGUCCUAAACCAACAACAGUGCCAACUCAAGUUGUUCCCACUGGUCCUCACCCCACUUCCGCUAAGCCGCCAUCGACUACCACACCAUCACCGAAGACCACCGAGCCUGUCACAAAGCCACCUGAUGUCACCAAGGUUCCGCAAGUUGUCACAACGCCGCCACAAGUUGUCACAACGCCGCCACAAGUUGUCACAACGCCGCCACAAGUUGUCACAACACCGCCUGAUGUCACCAAGGUUCCACAGACUAUCACCACAGCCACAGAAGCCCCCACUAUCGCCAGUGGUACCCCCGCACCUCUACAGUUUCUAACCUGUGGCCAGCCUCAGCCAAAGAAGGCCCUGACCCGAAUCUACGGGGGGCUGAAGGUCAGUCCAGGGGCGAAACCCUGGCAGGUGUCUCUGCAGGAGAAACCAAAGAACUCCCAGCUGCCAUACAGACACGUCUGUGGAGGAGUUCUUAUCUCCAGCUGCUGGGUUCUGACGGCUGGACACUGCAUCAAUCAAAACAAGGACUUGCAGGUGGUAUUGGGAACCCUGUCCCUGGACAAGUUGGAUCCCGGAGCUCAAAGCAUUGAAGUUGUGCAGGCUAUUCGGCACGAGAACUACAGGGAAACGCCUGAAGCUGUUUACAACGACAUAGCCCUGUUGAGACUCAAAGGAACAAAAGGAUUUUGUGCCAGUGAGACACAGUUUGUAAAGACAGCCUGUCUUCCUGACGCACAGCUCCCWGACGGAAUGGAUUGCACCAUUUCUGGAUGGGGUACCACAGAGGAAUCACUUUAUGGUUCCAAUCACCUGUUGGAYGCCAACGUUCUGCUGAUCAGCCAGGAGAAAUGUUCUGAAGGGAAGGUCUAUGGAUCUGUCCUGGACAUCACCAUGUUCUGUGCUGGCCACCUGCAGGGCGGGGUGGACUCCUGCCAGGGGGAUUCUGGAGGACCUCUGACCUGCAAGCAGAAUAACAGCCAUGUUGUUUAUGGUGUGGUGAGUUGGGGAGACCAGUGUGGGAGAAAGAACAAGCCUGGUGUUUACGCACGAGUCACUCACUUCCUGGACUGGAUCAAAUCAAAGACUCAAGGAACUCUUUGAAUAACCUGAUGUCAAUACUCGCUAACGUCCACAAGUUUGAGGCCAAGAACUUCAUCAUUUGUAGUUUAGCAAUAACAAAAAAUGGUAACACAAUUGAUGCAUUUUAUUCAUCGGACUGAAUUAAUUAGUUUUAAAAGCUGAAGAAAGACUUGAAAACUURCAGAUGUCUUGUUUUGUUAUGAGAACAGAAAUGUUGGUUACAACUUAAUAAAUGUUUAGCACCCUGUGCUCCAGAAUCAGAUUUUGUUGUUUCUUUUUAAAUAAACUGAAAACAAUAAUGGGAAGCAAUAAGAA